AAGUUUUUACGGGAUAUGUAUUGUCUGCAGGAAAGAUUUCUUCACUUGCUGAUGCCGAAUAAAAGAAUCAUAUUGACAGUUACUGUAUCGAAAGCCCUCGCCCUCAAAGACACGAAGAUUAACGAUUUAAAAUAUGGCUAACGAAGUGCCAUCUUACGUAUUCUAUCGGUACAAGCCUUCUAUGGCUGCCGCGAUUAUAUUCAUUCUUCUGUUCACCAUCUCAGCUAUUUGGCAUAUAAUACUGCUAUUCCGGAAAAGAACAUGGUAUUUCAUUCCAUUCGUAAUCGGGUGUCUCUUCGAGGCGGUUGGCUACGUCGGAAGAGCAAUGUCGUCACCGGAAUAUCCCAACUUCACUAAGAAUCCUUAUAUCAUCCAGUCGACCCUCCUCCUUCUAGGACCUACUCUCUUCGCGGCUUCCAUAUACAUGAUUCUAGGACGCUUAAUUGUUCUCCUAGAAGCCAAUUCCUAUUCGAUCAUUAAGCCACGAUGGUUAACAAAGGUUUUCGUUCUUGGUGACGUUUUAUCCUUUUUUGCUCAAGGCGGAGGUGGCGGUCUUUUAACGCAAGCGAAAACUUUGGAUGCCGUUCGUCGGGGCGAAAACAUCAUCAUUGGUGGUCUCUGCAUUCAGAUACUCUUCUUCGGCUUUUUCAUGGUAGUUACAUUUAUAUUCGACCGACGUAUUUCGAAAAAUCCUACUCGAGUCUCUCUAGCGCUACCGACACCGUGGAGGAAGCUCGUUCUUAUCUUAUACCUCUCUAGUACUCUGAUCAUGAUUCGAUCCAUGUAUCGUGUAAUAGAGUACAUUAUGGGUUCCGAUGGCGAGCUGAUGUCGAAGGAAGCUUAUUUGUACUGCUUGGAUGCGCUCCCAAUGGUAUUUGUCUCAUUUGCCUAUAACUGGUUUCAUCCCAGUAGGGUCAUUAGCCGAGGCAAACAAGGGCACAUCUCCGUCACAAGCCUAGAAGUAUUAGGUUGAUGUGAGUUUCAUGGUUAACUAUUAGAGUAGGGGUAGUGUUUUGGU